CAACCACAAGGAUCUCAAAGAACAAGAAGCUUCAAUUCUCACAGAUGGUGAUUCCAAGAGAGAAGGCAAACAUGUAGAAUUUAUGCCUCCAAUCAUGGGUGAAAAUUUAAGAGCAGCAAAUCAACUUGAACUAAUGGCACCCUCCUCAAUUGCAUUUAAACCAUAUCCCUAUUCAGAAGUACCACAAUAUUCUGGUGGCAAUGUUACUAUUGCUUGUGGUGAACCUAUGGUAAAUCAAAAUAUGGAGAGAUCAUCAACAGUGCAUCAUAAUGGAAGAAUGAUUUUACCAGUUGAAGUGAAAGAGGAGCCAAUGUAUGUAAAUGCAAAACAAUACCAUGGAAUUCUUAGACGAAGGCAACUUCGUGCUAAGGCUGUGUUGCAGCAAAAAGUGGUCAAAUCUCGAAAGCCUUAUCUUCACGAAUCGCGUCAUCGACACGCGAUGAGGAGAGCUAGAGAUGGUGGAGGUAGAUUUCUCAACACAAAGAAGAAGAUCCAAUCUACUACUACAACUAAUAACAACACUACUCCAAGUAGUAAAGGCAAAAGUUCAAUGGAUUCUGAUUCUUCUCCAAAUUACCUACUCAAUUAUGAACAUGAAAUUGGAUCAUCCAAUCAUAGUAAUUCUGUUGGAGGAUUUCAGUUCCAAUCUGGAAUACAUGAUACUACAGAAAAUCUUCAAUUGGGUUGUCAUUAUCAGUGGAACCUCAAUGACAACAACCAUUGCAACUGCAUGCACUCAGAACAUUUCUGAAGAGAAU